AUGACAUCUCAAGCUUCAACUCAGCCUUACUGGAGUGCCCCGACACAGACUUGGUACAAGGCCAACUUUGAUAGCGCUCUGUUUUCCUCCACUGACGCAGCCGGAUUGGGCGUGGUCAUACGUGACAAUGUAGGUGCAGUCAUUGGUGCACUUUCCAUGCAUAUCCCGCUCCCUCAAUCAGUGGCAACAAUGAAGGCACUAGCUUGCAGUCGUGUAGUCCAGUUCGCAGUUGAGAUUAGUCUCCAUGAAGUGAUAUUUGAAGGAGAUGCUGCAGUGGUCAUCCAAGCAGUUAAGAACAGAGAAGCAGACCAGUCAGCGCAUGGUCACAUAGUUGGUGACAUCCAAGACCAAGUUUCUCUUUUAGCUUUUUCUGAAUUUUGUUUUGUUCCUCAUUCAUGUAAUAGAGUAGCUGAUGCCUUAGCUAAACGGGCUAGAACAGGUCCUGAAUUUCAAGUUUGGUUGGAAGACUGUCCUGAGGACAUAGCCCAUUUGGUUAUGGCCGAAGUAUCCUGA